AAAAGAAAAAUGUGUUGCCAUUGGAUUUGGUCACUUUUUCUUGUACCACCUCGCAGCAUCUAAAGUCACUGUCUACUUCCCAAAGCAAACAAUAAAUCAAAAGCGAUAUUCUCAGAGCAUUCAUUCCAUGUUAUCCCAAUUUCUCAUCACAAACCCUUAACCCAACCCUUUCUCUAUCCAAUUCCAAUUCCGACGCCAUGGAUCCAAACCCCGGAACCUUCCCUCUCCUCUCCUACGUCAUGUCGCGUCUCCCUUCGCUCACUCCCAAACCCGCCGCCGCCGCCAAUUCCGAUUCCGACCACUUCGACAUCGAGCAGCCACGCGCGCCGGAGAUCGUGGGGCAAAUGCCGCACCUGGCGGACCCGGACCUGGUGGCGUCGAUGGGCCGGGCCGUGUCCCAGGUGGACCAGGCCCGCUCCGUCCUGAAGCUGAUCGGGGAGCGGCCCACGCAUGAGGAGGUGGACAAUGCCCGGGCCAGAGUGGCGGAGAUCGAGGCCCAGCUCUCCCGCGAGCUGGAGGAGAUCGUGCUGCAGGCCCGGCCCGCGGAAGUGGAGAUCCACGGGUGGCGGGCCCAGCAGGCCGAGAAGGAGAGGGAGCGCAGGGAGUGGGCCGAGAGGGAGAAGCGGGUCUGGAAGUCGGUGCUGCAGCUGGACGAGAUGCACGAGGCGUACGAGAAGGUUGUGAGGGAGGCUGAGAAACGGUUGGUGAAAAUGUACGAGGAUAGGGAUGUUGGCGUUGGCGAUGGCGAUGGUGAUGGGGUUGGUGAGGAAGUGAACGAAGAGGUUGUGGGGAUUCUGCAAGAGGCUUAUGGCAAAGGAAUGGAGCGUGUCAACCUUUCUGGACGCCAAUUGAGGCUCUUGCCUGAAGCUUUUGGUCGAAUCCCUGGCUUGCUCGUGCUUGAUCUUUCAAGCAAUCAACUAUCGGCAAUUCCUGACUCGAUAGCUGGAUUGCAAAACCUUGAGGAGCUUAAUCUCUCUUCAAAUCUUUUGGAAUCACUGCCAGAUUCCAUUGGGUUGUUACAAAGGUUGAAAUUGCUAAGUGUCUCUGGAAAUAAGCUGACUGCGCUUCCUGAUCCCAUCUGUCAGUGCAGAUCAUUGGUGGAGUUGGACGUAAGCUUUAACAAUCUGUCAUAUUUGCCCACAAACAUUGGAUAUGAAUUACCGAACUUACAGAAACUCAUGAUUCAGUUGAACAAGAUACGAUCUCUUCCCUCAUCUAUUUGUGAGUUGAAGUCCUUGCGCUAUUUGGAUGCUCACUUUAACGAGCUACAUGGGCUUCCCAUUGCAAUUGGAAGACUGACUAGUCUUGAAGUUCUCAACCUGAGCAGUAAUUUCAGUGACCUCAGAGAACUUCCUGAGACAUUUGGUGAUUUGACUAACCUCAGGGAAUUGGACUUAAGCAACAAUCAGAUUCAUGCACUUCCUGAUACAUUUGGUCGCCUUGAUAACUUGACCAAGUUAAACUUGGAGCAGAAUCCUCUUGAAUUGCCUCCAUUGGAUAUUGUAAAUCAAGGGGUUGAAGCCAUUAAGACUUUCAUGGCCAAGAGGUGGAUUGAGAUAUUGUUGGAGGAAGAAAGGAAAAGCAACCAAGAAAUGCAAGAACAAGAACAGGGUGGUUGGUUAACACGAAGCACCUCCUGGUUGAAGAAUGUUUCUGGAAAUGUAAUGGGGUACAUCGGAACUACCGUUGCAUCUCCUAUGACACCCAAAUCUCCCAGAGAUGCAUACCUCGAUCAGCAGCUAUGAGGUGAAGGUCCAACACAUUUGGCCUCUAAGACUUGUAUUUUAGAGGAAUGUUGUAGAUUACUAUGUUCUGAGCAAUAAUUCCCUGCUACUCCCUCGUUUGGGUCUCUGCCCCACCCAAAAUAGCGUGGGUUGCUUUGCUUACAGAUAUUUUUGUUUUGCUUAGAUAUUAUCUGGAUGAGAAAUGUUACUAAUACACUUUGUAACACUCUUUCUCACAAAUUUUUGAAUUAGGUGAAAUUUAUGUUGAUUUUACUAAA